GCUCCCACCCCAGCUGCUCCCACCCCAGCUGAUUCCAGCACACGCACGGCUCUACUUGCUGAGGAAUACCUACCAUCUGGACUACGUGUCCUAAGCCGUGCGGAACGGCGCACGGCUAUCCUCACCGGUCAACAAAUCCGGCAAAUUGCAUACUUUGCGUACAGUGUACGCGGCCAAUUCCACACUGUCUGGACAACCGAAGGGAUGUUGCGGUCCCAAUAUAGGGCCUAUGCGGAAGGGUUGCCUCCCGGUAUUCGCAGGUCAAACUUGCCCCGUCCUCCUCGUGGCAGUCGCCGGGAAUAG